AUUGUUAUUAAAAUUAGUCAAACGUGCCCUAUGUUUUAAUUAAAAGUGUAAAUUAUAAAAUCGCUGCUCUGAAAUUGACAUGAAUUGUCCGUUUGGACCCAAACGUACAAUAUCCGAAGGCACUGCGGAAGAAGCCCUAGAACUUAAUAAACUCUAUGAUGAUUUGCGUAGAAAACUUUCAAUGCCACGCAUAGAUCGGCUGGGCGGCCGAGCGCUGGCUGCUUGGGAUGCAGACGAGAAGGCUGUGCACGUCUUGCGUAAAGAUGGCAAAUUUGGUAAUUUUGGCUAUAGUCAUGGAGGACGUCCCUUUUUGGAGAAUUACGAAGCUUUAUUUCUUUUAGAAAUGGAUCGUCUGCAGUUAGAGUACUGCACAAUGAUAAUGUCGGUGGAACAGGCGUAUUUGCUGUUACUCGGAGAGUCACCUAGUACGAAAUUUAAUGAAUACCUUGUUUACUCCCAUCUCACGCGCAUUGGCUAUAUAUUAGUGCGUCACCAAAACGUGGCCUAUUACAAUCAAGACGAGCCUACGAAAGAGGAUUGUGCUUGGGCACUCGCAUUAAGCAUUGUAAAUAAUAGAGCAAUACCAGAAUAUGUGAAAAAAUCGGCAGACUUUGUCAAAGUCAAAAAAGAAAUGAAGCAUAUCAAGGAGUGUAUUACAAAACAGGAAGUACCAGCACUAAAGCCAAUGGAAGAGGACAAUUUAUCAGCAAUAUGUUUUGAUCGGAAAAUAGUGUCAACAGGAAAACGAAAAGCCACGGGCGAUGAAACUGAGAACCCCAUAGAAAUUAAACGAAGAUGUUUAGAAAUAGCUUCUAGCCAAAAAAGUUUUCUGGAUUGUCUCAAAGAUGAGCCAGAGUUCAAAGAAUUUAAAACGGCGUUCGCCAAAUUCGAUAUAAUCGAAAUGGGUGACAGGGCCACAGGCAAUGAGGAGGAGUUGCGCAAUUUACAAAUUACUUUCGAUUUAUACCUACACAAUGAUGGCUUCAAAAAAAGCGCACCAAAACCACCAACGUUUCGCUUACUGAUACUAGGAGUGCAAGAACCGUUCCCUACGCAUGCAGAAAUAGCUCACACAUAUAAUUUGCAGAAAUACCCAGUGCCGCUUCUGGUAGUUUCCGUGGCAGAAUCCAAGCAAAUACAAGCGUUUGUGUAUUAUUUCAGCUGAUUAUCUUAAACUUUAGUUCAUAAGCUGUUAUGCAAGUUUAAAGCUGAGUCAUUUACGAAAUGUUAAUAAUAUGUACA